GCUGUCGCUGGUUCCCUUAGACGUCCUUCGAGUCCGUCCGCGGCGGAUCGGCAUGGCUCACCUGACCGACUACGGGAACUGGAUGGGUCAUUUGCAGUCAAAGGGCAAGAAGCCGGCGGAGCGCAGAGGUGUGGCUGCUGAGUCUGACAAUGACGAUGACUACGAGAACGUGUCCCUGGAGGACUGUCCCAAGCCCCCGCCCCUGCCGCGCGGGAAGAAGGCGAAGGCGGCCGCACCGAACCGGAAGGACAAAGGAGGAGCAGGUCCGGCAGCGACACCAGGCAGACCCCCCAAAACUGACCUGGCCAUUUCAGUGAUCUCGGGGGACCCGGUCCUUAGGCCUUCCAAGUUCGGGCUGGACAUGUCAUCCCCAGCCGUGGCAGCUGCUUUCCAGCCACCGGGAGGAGAUCUUCCCCUCCCUAAACCUGCCUCACGGAGAGGCUGCCCUGGAAGGUCUCUGCUGAUCACCUACGUCCUGCUGGGGGUUUGCUUCCUCAUGUGCAGCGUGUUCCUCGUCCUGGCCCUCAUGAAACGCCCACAGCUGCAGCAGGAGUCAGAGGACCUGAAUUUCCACCUUCCCCAGAGGGCAGCUAAUGUGUCCCAGAACCUGGCGGAUUGGGAGAAGAUCCGAGCAGAGGUUGCGGCACUGCAGAAAACAGUAGACGCUGUCCAUCUUUCGGUGUCUGGGGAGCUGGCCGCUGUGAAGGAGUCUCACAGUAAAAUGCAAGAGCAGAUCACGGCGUUACAGAAAACAGUAGAUUCUGUCUGCGGCCAUUGCCCCUGGGGCUGGGCCUGGUUCCAGAGAACCUGUUACUACUUUUCAGAGUCUACCAAAACCUGGCGUGAGGCCAAGCAGUUCUGUUUGGAUUAUGGGGCACAGCUGGUGAUCAUUAACACCAAAGAGGAGCAGGUGUUCUUGGUGAAGAACCGCCCAAAGUCCCGGGCGUACUGGCUGGGGCUGAGUGACAAGAAAGUGGAAAAUCAAUGGCUCUGGGUGGAUGGCUCCCCUCUGAAACUCAGCUUCUGGAGCAGCGGGGAGCCCAAUGACUCCGGCGACGAGGACUGCGGCACCAUGACGCUCGAUGGGCGCUGGAACGACAUAAACUGCUACAUGACCGACUACUGGAUCUGCGAAAAGCCUUGGCUCUGCUAGAACCUGGCUCAACCGCCGGCUCACGCCCUUCCUGAGCCACGGACUGACCAGCGGGACCAGGCCCUGCCUCCUCCAGAUCGCUCAUGGGACAGUCACCCCAAGCUGUGUUCUCUUGGUGAUGCUCCCCGUCGCACAGCUCUUUCUGGGGGCUAGGAGUUGUUCUGAAUCCCUGGGGAGGUGGGG